AUGGCGUCCAUCUUACUGAGGAGCUGCUGCGGACGCGCGGCCGUCCGCCUCGCCCGGCCUCACGCCGUCCCCGCCGCCGCUGCUGCCGUCAUCCCGAGGGGUAGUCUGGGAGACCGUGCUUGUCUUAGUUGUACAUCUCUGAGUUUCCUAAACCAUACGAAUAUUAAGUUUGGUUGUUGCACUCAUGUCCACCCUGUUUACAUUUCCUUCAAAAGCGAUCACUUAAAUUGUUGGACUAAAAGACCUGAACAAACAUAUAUGGUAAUAAGAUCUCCUAAAUCAUGGACGCCUCUUUCCCAUUUGCGCUCUCUGGAACCUCCACACGUUUCUGUGCGGUGCUUGCAUUCUUCUUGUCCCCUUCGAGAUGACUCGGUAGUGGAAAAGUCCCUGAAGUCUAUUAAGGAUAAAAAUAAGAAGCUUGAAGAAGGUGGGCCUGUGUACAGCCCCACUGUAGAGGCGGUUGUGAAGAAAUCACUUGUUCAGAAGGUUGUGGAUGAGUUGAAGCACUAUUAUCAUGGCUUCCGGUUGUUGUGGAUUGAUACAAAGAUUGCUGCACGGACACUUUGGCGAAUUCUCCAUGGUAGCACCUUAUCUCGGAGGGAGCGGAGACAGUUUCUACGGAUAUGUGCUGAUCUCUUUCGCCUGGUCCCUUUCCUGGUCUUUAUUGUGGUCCCAUUCAUGGAGUUCCUACUUCCGAUUGCUGUUAAGCUCUUCCCAAAUAUGUUACCAUCAACAUUUGAGACACAGUCCAUAAAGGAAGAGAGAUUGAAGAAAGAAUUGAGAGUAAAACUUGAAGUGGCUAAAUUUCUUCAAGACACAAUUGAGGAAAUGGCCUUAAAAAACAACGCUGCUAAAGGAAAUGCUACAGAAGACUUUUCAAAAUUUUUUCAAAAGAUACGAGAGACCGGAGAGAGGCCCACCAAUGAGGAGAUCUUGCGUUUCUCCAAACUGUUUGAGGAUGAGCUGACUCUGGACAACCUGACCAGACCACAGCUUGUGGCCCUCUGCAAACUGUUGGAGCUGCAGUCUAUUGGGACAAAUAACUUUUUGCGCUUUCAGUUGAUCAUGAGACUGCGGUCAAUGAAAGCAGAUGACAAGCUUAUUGCUGAGGAAGGAGUAGAUACUCUGAAUGUCAAAGAAUUACAAGCCGCUUGUCGGGCACGAGGCAUGAGGGCUUUGGGAGUCACCGAAGAACGUCUCAGGGAACAGCUUAAACAGUGGUUAGACCUACAUCUGAACCAGGAAAUCCCUACUUCAUUACUUCUCCUAUCCAGAGCUAUGUAUCUGCCUGAAACCCUGUCACCAGCUGAUCAGCUCAAAACAACCUUACAGACCCUUCCGGAGAGUGCAGCCAAAGAAGCCAAAGUCAAAGUUGCUGAGGUUGAAGGUGAGAAAGUAGACAAUAAAGCUAAGCUGGAAGCCACUCUGAUGGAAGAAGAAGCCAUUAGACAAGAAAAUAAAGAGAAGGAGGAGCAGGAAAGGUUGACUGAAGCUGCUGAGAAGGCCAGAGAAGUGCUCCAGGAGGAAGCAGCUGGAAAGAAAGAAGCUGAGUUGGGUCCGGAAGUCCUUCGGCAGGAAAAAACAAUCCCUGCAUCUCGAGAUCUGGAGCCAGAGCUCACCAAGGUGCCACUGAAAUCAGAGAUUCUGAUCGACACUGCCCCAGUCUUAGAAGGCCUGAAGGGAGAAGAAAUAACCAAGGAAGAAAUUGACCUGCUUAGCGAUGCUUGCAGUAAACUGAAGGAACAGAAGAAAUCGUUAACCAAAGAGAAGGAGGAGCUCAAGUUGCUGAAAGAUGAUGUUCAGGAAUAUAAAGAGGAUUUGCAAGAGAUCAAAAAAGAGCUUUCCAAGACUGGUCAAGAACAGGUUAUAGAAGAAUCUAAAGCAAGCAAGAGAUUGUCCAAGAGGGUGAACCAGAUGAUUGGACAGAUAGGAAAAAUACUUCAUGAGUUAGAGGACGAUCAAAAGGCAGUAACAGGGAAAACGGACAGUAGUAAUGUCGUUGCUACUGGAUUGGGUUUCCCCCUUAGGGAAAAUGUCAUCACCAUCAGUGAGCUCAUAAAUGUGAUGAAACAACUUGAGCAAAUUCCGGAGAGAAAAUUGAUGAAGUUGGCUACUGCCCUGGAUGAAAACAAGGAUGGCAAGAUUAAUAUAGAUGACGUUGCCAAGGUCAUCGAACUGAUUGACAAAGAAGACAUCGACAUCUCCACAGGUCAGGUCACUGAGAUUGUGGCAUUGCUUCAAAAGGAAGAAAAGGUGGAAGAGAAGGAGAAGGCAAAAGAAAAGGCUGAGAAAGAAGCUGCUGAAAUAAAAAUUUAAGCCUCAGCCCGCGACGCAACUGGAGCUUUGGAGAGGCAGCUUGUGCGCUGGGCAGCACGUGACAAAUGCGUUCUCCUCAUACUUGAACACCUCUGUGGUGGUGAGAGAUGGUGAUCUUACUUUGAGGUGAUGCUAGUGGCAAAGCAGCUAUUUUUCUGGAAUAAAGCAGACUCUUCCAUGAUCAAAUAAGUAAUUUUCUAUCAUUCCAUGAAGAUGAAAGCAAUCUGGACCCUCCUCCCCCUUCUCUUCCCGUGAAAUCAUGUAUUGGUCAAACAUCCCUGUGGGGUCAUGAUUCCUUCAGCUAGCUUAUCUACAGAAUACAAACCAUGCCCACUGGAAAUGUAUGUACACACCGUGUGCGCUUAAAAUUAGGUGUACCAUAAACUGCCAAGUAAUACUGAUGGAUUUAAAAGGGGGAAAGGUGGGGCAGAAAGUAUCUGGUCCCAUCUUUCCUACUUUGGCAAAAAAUUUUCAGGUGAUUUUUUUCCCUUGUUUUUAAAAUGAUACUUUCCUACAGAUGACUUAGAAUCACUCCUUUGUUUUCCCAGGUGAUGUCUUUCCAGCGUUUAAAAACAAAGCUAAAUUCAUUCAAAUUCCCACCCUCCAGAUAGGGGGGCCAGUGUUUCACUUAGUUCUUAUUGGGUUGGUUUUGAGGUUUGGGUUUGUUUUUGAAGCUAUUUAAGAUGAGUGAUUUUUUUUUUGUUGUUUUUGUUUUUUUUUUGUUCUUUCUGUUACUCUGUUUUGGUUGCCCUAACAAUCUUUAGAUUGGGCAGGUAUAUUUCUGGGGAUAUAUUCACAUUCAUUUGAAUGAAAACUUGAUUUUUUAAAAAGGAGAUUUAAAUAAAUGUGUGAAUGUAUACCCCAGAAAUAAAAUGUAAUUCAGAUCUAUCAGAAUAGACUUCCACCAGUGUAAAACUGUAACUAUUAAGAAAAUUGUUUAUUUUCUUCUUUGUAUAUGAACAAAUGAUAUCAUCUGACCACUUUAAAAAUUUUUUUUUAUUUUUGCACAUUAUGUGUCAGGGAAUGAUUUCUUUUUGAGAGAUGGGGAAUGGUUUUCAUCCUAGUGAUAACGUUCUUGACCAGUUAACUGGCAGGUGUGUUCUCUUACACUUUUCUAGCCUUGCAUACCUGUUUUAAAAUUAGCUUAUCAGUUAUACUUUGGAAAAAAACAAAUGAAAUAGGUGAAUAAUGACUUUUUGGGGGUUUUUGAAAUGAGUAGAUUUUCUCAGUUGUCCUCAUUUUCAAAUUUUAGCUUAAAUAGACAAGAACACAUUUCGGUAUGCUUUUAGUUGUAUAUUUCUCAUGAACUUGGGGCUGCCCUCUUUAAAACUAUUAUUUUUAAGCCCUGUGAUUCAUACUUUUUAUCAGUUACCAUCCAGCAAACAUUUCCUAUUUCAAGAAUACUUAUGCUGUGUAAAAAAAUCUAAGCACUCCCCUUGGAUUGGUUAGUGUUCAAUUUUUAAUCCCAAACUCACUUAAAUAGAUGAUUUCUUGGAUAAAAUUUAAAUAUUUAAAUUAAAUUAUUAGGAAAGCUGAUGGUGCAAAGUUUAGUUUGAUGAUCACCACUUACAUGUUGGACCAUAGUAUUUUCUUAGAAAAUGUAUACAUGGCAGCAAGUCAAAUGCUUGGUUUGCUGCCACUGGGUGUUUUUUUUGUUUUUUGUUUUUUGUUUUUUGAGGGUUUUUGAAAAAUUAUUUUUAGAAUCAUUUGUCAUUAGCAGUGAAAUGUUAGAUGUAUUGAGAAUGACUAAAGCUAUAACUACUUGUAAAUUUUGUGUAUUUGGCAGAUGAUAAAGAAUUAUAGAAUGUGUUCUUUGAAAUACUUGUACUGUAUUUUGAAACUGGGCAUUUUCAAACUGCUAUUGGUAAGGGUGAGUUAUAGCUCCCUUGAUAAAGUUAGGUGGUCUGGUUGUUUGAUUUGGCUAUAUUUCAUAUAAACUUGCCGUCCAGUACUGAAAGCAAGAGUAGUUUUAAAAAUCUAUAUUAAAACAAAACUUUCGAACAGUGUUUUUUUUGCAUGUGUUAGAAAACUUAUUUUUUCACAUUUAUAUCACCCCCAAAGCAGCUUUUAUUUAAUAAUAAUAGUUGUGCCAAAUUCUUAGUCGGUCCAUAAUUAUGGUAUUUAGGUGGUGUAUAUUUUGGGCAAAAAUCUUAACCGUCAAUGAGAUGGCUUUCAUAUGUCAUCUAAAUAUAGGAGUAUAAAAAUAUAGGAAUAAAAUAACUUCUGUAGCUAAAUAUAGACAGUGAGGAAAGAGAACUCAAUGAAUAGGCUCUAAAUUGCUUUCAGUGUUUUACUUAGUGGUUACAUGGCAGCUUAAAAGCAGUUAAUAAGAUUGUAUGUUCUACACUUUGGAGAGAGAAUAGUUGCAUUCGGGUUUUCAUUUUUUCUAUUUGAAGUGGAUAGGUUGGAUACUUUAAUGUUUAUGAAUCAUUUUAGAUUAGUUAUUUUAAUUUGAUUUUCAGUGGUAAAAGACUGUACUACCUUAUGAUUGCCAAAUAUAUCGUUCAUCUUGGAGUUUUCAUUUGUGAGAGACAUUUCCUUGUAUGGGCCAUAGAUUAAAAUUAGUGAGUGAAACCCACAAAUGUUGGCUUAAUAUUGCUCAUAUAUCAGGAGAAGGGACCCUUGGCUGACCAUCCCUUGGGCAUUGUUUGUGAUUAGAGAAAAAGCAAGCAAAGUGACUAAACUUUAUGGGGCUGUGGGGCUGUGGCACAGUAGUUGAUGAGGUCACUCACUUGGAAUUCAAGUGACUUUUAGAAAAACAGAAUUUAAAGGGAAAUGAGCGUAUUAAUUACAAAUUGAAUCUAAAUACUCCAUAGCUGAUUAAGUUUGAUUAGGAAAACUGCUAUCUCUGUAAGAGAUACGUAACUUUAAAACAUCUUUGCUACAGUCUUCUUCUUUGCACCCUGACCUUGAAUACCUUUCUCUAAAUCCUUAUUGGACAAAAGGGGCCAUGGGAGAGAAGCAGGGCAGACUAGGUUCUAUAGAAGGAACCAUAGACUGUAAAGCCUUAAGGAUGCAUUGAUGGUCCUCUACCCAAGUCCCUCAUUUUACAGAUGAAGAAACAAGGCCCAGAAAAGGGGAGGAAGUCAUCUGCCUAAAGCCACAAGCCUGUCAGUAGAACUAAGACAAGAACCUAGACCUCAGCUUCCACUAGAGCUACCAGUUAUAAUUCCCUUUUCUUCCUUCUUCCUUCUCUUCAUUCUUUUAUGCCCCCUGGUAUUUUAUGCACUUGACCAUUGGAUUCUCAUUUGCAACUAGUUGUGUAUCAUUUUGAUAGAGCAUCAGAGAUUUAGGAAGGGCUUUGAGUAUCCUAUCCAUAGUUUACCUUGCCCUGUGUCAAGCAUUGCUUCCUUUUUGUAUGUGCACUGGCUGUUGGACUCCAGUUUAUUAAUCUCAUCACUCUAAUACAAGAGGGUGAGUGAUGGACUUGGAACCAGACAAUAGAUUAGAUGGCUCUUUAGCAUGCCAUGAGUGCAAUAGCAACAGAUCUUUUUUUUUAUUUCCAAAGUUAAGAUCCUGGGGUUUUUUAAAUGUAUAAAAAUGUCAGUUUUAGUAAAUUUAUAACGGUGUGA